GUCGCACAGAACAAAGGCAAGGCGCCGAAAACGUUAGACAGAACAAGACUCGGACAAAUCAUGAGCAAGGAAACAGUACUGGACCCUGAGAGCGGGACGAUAGUCGUCAUCCGAGAGACCAAAGCCAAGAGGGAUUGCCUCUGGCCAACGCUCUGCGCCCUGGCCGUGCUCGGCUUGGUGGCAGUCACCUCUUUCUUGGUCCUGUGUCAGCUGAGGGUGCUCCCGACGCAACAGAAAACUGACGCUUCCGAGCUGCAGAAACUGGAGGAGACUUCAGCCGAUGGAGGUUUGCCUGGCCUCAUGAAGCAGGUGGGAAGCGACUCGAGAGGGAAGAUUGCUGCUCACCUCGUCGCACAUUCAAACAUCAAAGACAGACAGAUCAUCUGGCAGAAGGAAACGGACUCCACGUUUGGAGAAGGGGUCGGCUUUGAGAACAACGGCCUGGUUAUUAAGACCCCUGGUCAGUACUUCAUCUACACCCAGGUGGUCUUCUACCACAAAGGCUGCAAGGAUCAGCCCAUCUAUCUCAGCCACAACAUCUCUUCAUACUCAAACAGCUACAAAAACGAGGAGAACCUGCUCCUGAAGGCCACCAAAUCCGUCUGCCACUACGGCCAACACCAACAACACUGGUACAAGACCUCCUACCAGGGCGCCAUCUUCCAGUUAGAGGAGGAUGACCGCAUCUUCUCCAGGGUCAGUGAGAAGGUGGUGGACUAUGUGGACAGGUCCAGAGGAAAGACCUUCUUUGGAAUAUUUGCCUUGUGAAGAAUUUGGUGAAUGGUCGGGAUUUUCAGACUGGAACACCACAGACACUUGAUGGGACACCUGUUACAAAUUUUAGUUGUUACAAAGCUAGCACAUGUUUACAUUUCUAAUGUAUUAAGUUCAGACUCUACACUUCCUUUCUGGAUAUGCCCAGAGCCUGUCUCACAGCCCGAUCCUAGCGAGCACUGCCAAGUUGGUUUCAUCUGACUUGGAUCUCUUUCCAGAGUCAGAAUUAAGGACAAAGUAACCUGAUGUGUCAGCACUUACUUAGUUGGAAUGCCUUCAAGGCAAGGUCUCCACCAUGACACAGCUGGUGGGCUGUAAGUUCAGUCAAAUGGUUUCACUUCCUAUCCAUCCAUCCAGUGAUUACAGUGCAGUGCCAAUUUUCCUGAUGCUAAGCAGGAGAAUUAUAAGAUGACCACGUUCAGAAUAAUGAUAAUCCAUUUGAAGGCAUAACUAAUAUUAAUUUAUAUUUAAUUUAUGUUUAAAUUUAUGGUUCUUUUUUGAAACAAGUACUUCUGAGGGAGUGUGUAAGCAGACAAAUCCAAGAGGUAGCUGGAAAGGCAUUGUGUCUGAUAUUCAGACAGCUUAGCUCUUGAAAGGUCUGACCAAUACUAUAUUGUCUUUGUGUGGAAGCACAUCUGGGUCCUAAAGCUAACCUUUAAAAGAAUCUUUAUCUUUAAGGUACUGGCAAAAGGCUCUCACAUACUAAUUGGUAAGGAGACUAAGUGAAAUUCCCCACAGCCAACUUGCAUCUCUUUCAUGAUUUGAGAAGAUGCUUCCUUUUCCAUGCUGACCACCGAAUCAGCUAAAGCUAAUUUAUUCUACAAGCAAAAUGAAUCAGCUCCUCCCAUGCAAGAAUACCAACAGUGAAAUAUUUGGCUUGAUUCGUGUUGCUGGGUCUUUUUGGAUGGGAUGUGAUAUGCUUGUCUCUUGUAUUGAACACUGCUGGUGCUUCCUGGGCUGAUUUAGUGAAGACAUUUUGUUGUCUCAUUCACAAGAAUCUCUUCAUACCAUUAUGCAAGCAGUGUUUCCAGAGAGGAGCUGUUCAGUUUCGUCCAGUGGGAAUUUCCACCCAG